AUGGCACGCAUGCUGGUGGUGGUGGGCAUGGCAGCGGUCAUUGCUGUCCUCGCCCUCCAGGUCUGGUUCCGCUGCCCGUCCGAGGUCGAGGUCACCAUGCCGGCGUUCGGCGGCUGGCAUACUCCGCCGCCAGCAAAGGACUCCUCGCCGCAGCAGAGUCCGAGCUGGGGUGGCAACCUUUCGUUGAGCGCCUCGAUUCAAAGCCCAGAGGAGGCCACACUUCCGAGUUGCAUUCGAUACAAGCCCAAGCCGAUUCCUGCUGUCCUACAUCCGCCGCGGACGUUGGACGAUGCCGAGUACGGCGUGGAGAUGGACGGACUCAAUCUGGCCUUCCCGGAUCUCGGCGGCCCGGAGAACGAUCCGUUCGAGGAGGCCAUUCUCGAGGCGGCAAACAUGCAAAUUCCGAUGACGUUUGCCCAUCAGCUUGACUGCGCGCCCUGCGUCCGCGACUACGAGGUCUCAGAACCCGUCGAGAUCCGCCUCGUCUUCCCGGAGCACCACCCGCUGAACAAAGCGACUGAGCCCGGUGUGGCCAAGCGCAAGGCCGCUGUGCUCCAUGUUCUGUUCGAGGGCCCAGAGCUGGUCCUUGGUGAGGUCUUUAACAACCGCGAUGGCACGUACGCAGUGACCGUGCCCGACGGCUUCCGCGUGCCUGGGCAGUACCGGCUGACGGUCCGCAUCCAGCACCUGGCGUAUCCGUUUACUCGGGCGAAGCGAUUCAACGACCGCGACGUUGGCUGCAACUACACGCCUGAUGCACCAGACUACUCGGCGCAGUGGUACGACGCCACGCCGAUGGGCUACCCCAAGCCGUUUGUGGUCACGGGCGAGAUCCACCCGCUCGCAACCCCGGCCGGUCGCAGCAGCCUUCCGCGGUGCACUUACAUGGACGACGCCUCGCACCGCGGCCGCUGGCUCAACACGCUCCUUGAGGAGAGCCGGGUCUGGCGCGCCCCAGGCUCGCCCUGGCGCCGAUUCAUGGACGAGAUCAGCGGCGAGCCAUGGCUCUGGCUCCCAGACGCCUGCCGCCUCCUCCCCAUCUUCGACGAGGCUGCGGUGGCGUGCAUCAUGGGUCAGAACACCACGGCACGGGCGACUGGCGACUCGCACAUGACCAUCAACAUGUUUAACCACCAGGUCCUUGGCGCCGGCGCAGAGCGGAAGCUCAGCCACACCCGAGACGACUUUGACGGCGCUCUCUUCCAGCCGGGCAUGAACAUCCACCGCGACUUUGACUUUUGGCAGUACUACAAGCCGGCGCGCGAGACGCGUGUCUCACGCGCGCCAGGUGAAACUGCCGCUGGUGUGACCGCCAAGUACGGUCGGCUUGUCGGCCGCAUGACUUGGCGCCCGGGCACCGACGAGAUGUCGAUGCUGAUGCUUAAUCUCCGUGAGCUCGUUGCGCCCGCGCCCAAGGACAACGAGUGGCUCAAGAACACGCCGCCCGACAUCCAGCCGCACCUGCUCAAGCCGAGCACGCUCACUCUCAUCGACUUUGGUGCGUGGUACAUCCAAGAGCCGCGCGGCGUCAUCCGCGAACACGCCCGCGACUUUGCCGACUUUUUCGUCAACGAGUACCUCGCCGACGACGAGACGUAUCCCACAAAGUCGCGCAUCGUCUACCUCUCCACGCCGCCGGCCAACGAAUUUGUCGACCCAAAGCGUGCCUUUGCGCCGACAUGCGAUACCAACCUCCGCCGCAUGGCGCUCAAUCGCGUCGUCCGGCCCAUUCUCAUCAAAGCCGGCAUCGACUACCUCGAUCUCUUCGCUCUUGCGUACCCGCGAUACUACACCGAGCGCGACCUCUGCGGCGGCCACUGGGUGUGCGAGCCAAGCCAUCCGGUCACGCCGCUGGCCGUCUGGCAGCAGCUCAUCAUCGCCAACGCCAUCUGCCCCGGCGAGUGGUCCGACUGCGAUGCCUAA